AAUACACACACUUGAAACAUAAUCUUGAAAGCUGAAAAUUGUCAAUAUACUUAAGAACAGGAUAUCAGUCCUCUUGUACAAACUGACAAGUAAAAAUAAACUUUGAUAAAUAGUCGGGAAUACUUCGCUGAAAGGAACUGCUUACAGAUUAUAGUUGUGCAGUAUGAUUUUAUUACUAUCACACCUUUUACUGCUGCCAGGUUCUGUUUAUUGUGCUGAUUCAAUCAAAGUGAGUUUUGCUGUGGACGUACCGUUUCUAUAUGUGAGUCUGUUUGGAGAGGACGUUUUCAUAAAUGCCAUUAAAACGGAAAUUCCAAAUUUGUUUGAUGGAAUUGAAGAGCAUCAUAUCCACGAUGUUUUCCUGUAUGAUGCAGAUGGGAAGAUCGGGGCGACUAUAGAAAUAGAUCCUUCCACUCCAAAUAUCAAGACUAUACUCCUACUUGUAAAGACAUUUGUCGAAAGUGGUGGAACAAUACAGACAGACGUUAUCGAUGUAACAGCAAUUCCAGGAUCAUACCAAGAGGAAUUCCCAAACAUUCCAACAACUAAAAAGCCUGUACACAGUUCAGUGCGCACAGCAUUUGAAAAUAUUGAGACUACAACUGAGGAGACAACACACAAAGCUUCUGCGGCCGGGAAAACGGAGAGGACAAAGCAGGUAGAUAGGACAACCAUGUUGAUAUCAAAUAUCUCAACGAUCGAAUCAAGCGCUACACACACAACACUUCGACAGAAUGCUACCGAUGUGUCAAAAGUGACAAAGGAAUAUACUAAUUACACAGCAGCAACCACUGACACAGAACAUUCAACAGAAUACGAAAAUGCUGGAAAUUUGGGUGUAUCGUCAGCAACAUUGAUAACGAUGGCUGUCUUCACAGUGUUUGAACUGCUCUUCAGAAUCAAUAUAUAUUAAAAUGUUGAUUUUUUUGGCUUUUCUAGUAAUCGAGAUACAUGGUGACUCUACAUAUUAUGUUAAGUAAUCGUAUAUCCUAAAAAAUCAUGCACUAUAUACAGGUCGACAACUUUAACGUAGGCCUUUUUGUGCUCCCCAGAUUUUUUUUCUUUUUUUUAGGUGGGGUCACUUAGAGUUGCCCUUGUCCGUCCAUCAUUCCGACCAACAUUUGCAUACUUAGAUAGAUAUUGGAACAAUAGCUAACUGUACCUCGAUGUCAUCCAUUCCGUAAGGCUCUUAUGUGGCUAUUUUUCUUUAACGUGGAGCAGCCACAUAAAUACAAAUAUGUAGGAACGUCUGUCCGCCCAUUCCAAUCUGUGUUGUUCAUACUUUGAAAUGUAUUUGACCCAGCCAUCAAACCUUACAGGAUUUUUAUUCAGCACGGGAAGCAUAGCCUGGCUCCCUGGCUGCAUGGUUAUUUUUAUAUAAAUACUGGAAAAAUUUUGUAAGAAAAUUUUAUGCCUCUAAAAUAGCACAAUUUUAUCUGAUGGCUGAACCUAUGUUCGGAGCCAGGGGCAAUAAAAAACCUCAAUGUAGAAACAACCUUCUAGAGUUACUUCCCUCUUAAUGAAGAAAACUGAUAUAUGUAAAAAAGAACAAACAUAGGGACGGGAGCCAGUCUACGUGAAGCUGUGCACCAGGAAUUUUAAUUUGGAUCUGUCAGACCAGAGUUAUGUUCCUUGACUUAGUCAAAAAUAUGCAUCAAAAGGCGUAAGUUUGUGUCGCAUGUACAUAAAACGUUUUUGACCCAGUACUACGAAACAGUACAGGAACAUUAUUCAGCAUGUGAAUUUGUGCAUCUGGGGUUUUGUUAGAGAUAUGACUUAGUCAGACCAGAGUUACGGCCCUUGACUUAGUAAAAAUCUUGCAUAAAAAGUUAUGUCGCAUAUAUUUAAAAGAAUAAUAUAUGACAUAGGGUCAUGAACACAGGUUUUUGUCACAUUAUCUCAAAAAGUACUUGACUUACGCGUCAUAAAACAUUAGGGAAUGGCUACUUAGCAUGUGAAGUUGUACACCUUGUGUUCUGGUUGUGAUUUCAAUCAGCAAGAUUGGAGUUAUGGUUCUUGACUUAGUGAAAAAUAUACAUAAAGUGCAACAAAAUCACAUAGUCAUGAAAUCAUGUAGGAAUAUUAUCCAGCAUGUGAAUUUGUGCACCUGAGUUUUUUUUCACUUUGCAAGACCAGAGUUAUGGCCCUUGAUUUCGUCAAAACAUGUUUGCAUGUAUGUCAAAAUGUACUUGACCUAGAGUUAUAAAACAUUAAGCGAUUGUUUUAUAGCCUAUAAAAUUUUGCACCGGGUGUUCUCUGGGAUUUUACUCAGCUAGGCCAGAGUUAUGGUACUUAACAAAGGGAAAAAUACACAUAAAGUUCUUAAGUUUGUACUUCAGACAUCUUAAAAAUGUUUAAGCUCGAGUCAUAAAACAAUGUACAGUGAUAAAAAGUGGGUGGCACCUGUGUCCUAGGGACAAACAUCUAGUUAGUACUCUAGAUAUAUGUGUUAUUAUUAUUAUUUCUGUUAUUAAGAAAUCGUGAAUCUGAAAAAUUAAUGCACUAUACAAAGGCCGACUUCUUUGUUGUACACUGUCUCCUUUUCCUCUCAACUGGUUGAACAAAAGUAUAGAACGAAACGAAACCCAUAUAAGUACAUAUAUGGAGUAACUUUGGCACUCGACGAGCAGUUAUAUAUAACGUCCUGUAUCAUUUAUUGCGAAUUAAACCGGUUUUAUUGCCAGUGUAAGAUAAAUGAAUCCCUGUAAGAAGACAUGAACUAGUGUUUUACACUUUCUGGUCCUUUCAGUUCACCCAAUACAUUGUAUGUGUUUGUACUUCAAUCGGUGCAAAGGGACGUGAGUGGCGAACAUUCCAUUACCUUACAUGUGCAGUUACAAUUAAUCGCAGAGUAGGAAUGAUUAUUUUUGGGGUACAGUCUUGGUUUCAAAGUAUUUGAUGUGAAGCAAAUGUUUAAAAUAAGAUAUGACUGUCACUUUAUUGUUGAUAUCUUGCACUGACUAGAUUAAAUGUUCAUUUCAUUGAA